AUGUCCCGCAGCUUGGUAGUACUGUUGGUGGUACUGCCGCUAACCUUAGCGGGUACCAUCACAGACAGCUAUGGCAAUGAAGCAUUUGACAAUGGAACUAUAUCCUGGGCCUCCGUCCCUUCUGGUAUACCAUACAAGACGACAAAUAAUUACGAUGAGGGAUCUCUGAAAACUUUGUUUGCAUUCGUUCAUGGAUUUAUUAAUACCAUUCAACCCAAUCCGUUUCCAUUCACACUGAUAAAACAAGUUCUCAAUGGUAGUUUUGAUAUUUCAUCGCAGUAUAUGGAGUUAGUAAAUUACGCCAUGGGGUUCGGAAUCUGCUUUGUGAUUGGUCUGUUAUUUAUGGUUUUUCUUCCACUGUGUGGCUGCUGCUUUUGUUGUUGUCGUUGCUGUGGUAACUGUGGAGGAAAUAGUAAACAGGUGUACGAGGAAAAUGAAGGCUGUAAAAGAAUGGGGCUUGCUCAGGCGCUGUUUCUGAUGUCUGUUGUUAUGGCGGCAUCUGCGGGUUGCGUGUACAUGACGAACGGACGCUUUACGGUAGCGUUGGAGUACGCCGAUACCAGUAUUGCCGAUAAUCUUGAUGACAUCAUGUCGUACGUCAACAAUACAGGGAUGCAAUUUAAGUUCGUUGCUGUAGACAUGUAUAGUAUUGUGGCUGAUGCUCUCAUUCGUGACAUUUCAGGGAUAGGGAGUGUAUUAACGUCAGCCAUUUUCAGUGUUCUUGACAUUGACCCUGUGAUCAAUGCUGUUAUUUCACUGGACCAAUCCCUCACAAGCAUAAAAUCAGCGCUGGAUCAGGUGAUUACAGACCAGAAUGCUCUGACGUCAGCCGCUAAUUCUCUGACUUCCAGUCUGUCCACUCUCAAAAAUGACAUCGACUCCACCAAGUCUUCAUGUAACGGUCUCUGUACACCAUCUACAGCGUGUGACAGUUUUGAUACCUCCCCUUUAGCAAUGACGAUCGACUUUUCCUCCUUGCCAGAUCUCACAUCCACUCAGACGGCAAUCGACAACGUUGUGUCCCAGAACCUCACCGGUUUAGCUUUAACGGCGAAAGCAAGUCUAGAUGACAUGGAAUCGACGAUAAAUUCCUCAACGUCCAGUAUCCAGUCAUCUCUACAAUCUACCAUGGACUCGUUUAAAUCAACAUUAAAUACAAUGGUGGACAAUCUCUUGAGUCAACUAAAUGGGGCAUUUGACACUGCUUCACUCAAAUCAGAUGCUAAAAGUUUUUUCGAGACUGCUCUUACGUAUGACGUCUACAGACAAUAUUUUGGAUAUGGUCUAAUGGGUUUGUUUUCCCUGAUUCCGGUUCUUAAUAUCAUUGGAAUAUUUUGCGGAUGUUGCUGUGGAGGAAGUGAUGUCAAACCUACAGAACGAGGCUGCUGUUCAAGUUGUGGGGGCUGUCUCAUAAUGUUGACCGUAGCCAUCAUGUUUAUGAUAGGUGCCAUUCUGAUGUUCCUAACCACAUUUACUUUUAUGAUUGGCGCAAAUUUUGAGAAGAUUUGCCAAACAUUCUUGGAUUUGACCAUAUUUAAGGAUUUUAUUGAUACUGGGGCCAUUUCAUCAUUCUCUCUUGGUUCCAUGUUACUGAAUGAUCCUAACGCCAACAUCAGCAUCUACAAUCUCCUUCUAGGAUGCAGACAAAACAAGGCUCCCUUUGAACUUCUUUCAUUAAAUACAUUAGUGCCCAUUGACAACUACCUUAACUACAGUCAGUAUCUUGGUAACAUUGACCAGCAGAUGAAUGACAUCACUACUAGUAUUGAUCUAAGUAGUUUUAAAGUUUUGACGCCAUCUAUGGAGAGCAGCUUGAAUGACUUCAAAAACUCUGGAAUCGACAAUAUAAACUUUACUGCCAUAAAUGAAACGUUGAGCCAAGAUUUUGGUUCUAUCGAUUUCAACUCAAUGAUAGCAGCCAUGCAAACAAUUAAAAGCUUGUGCACCGGGCCCGCAUCAGCAGGUUGGACACAACACAUAACGGACAUGGAAACUAUACGAGACACAACCUACCCGGCUUUAGUCACGGCACAGUCGAAUCUUCAGACUUCAGUAGCAUCUUUGGAAAGUUCAUUAAGUGGAGUCACAACAAAAAUCGACAAUGUAAUGACAACAGCUAGAAACGCUGAUGACCAACUGCAGAAUAACGUAACGAGCGUUUUAACAUCGGUGGCCGCGACAUAUAAAGAUCAGAUAUUGGGAUACAUAGAUUCCUACAUAAAUAGAACUAGAUAUCUGAUUUACAAUGACCUGGCUGCCUGCUUACCCCUAUGGAACCUCUACGACUCCUUUACGACCAUGUUUUGUAAAUACACUAUGGAUGCAUUAAACGGAUUUUGGUUCGGGAUUGGCUGGGCCCUUCUUUUCUUUGUACCAGUCAUCAUUGUUGCUGUUAAGCUCUCUAAGUAUUACCGUAAGAUGGAUAAAUGUGAAGGAUAUGGCGACGACGACGACGAUGAUGAAGAUACUUAUGAUGAGUAUGGACGGACCUUCAAACCGAACCCUGAGCCACCGGGCUAUCAGUACCAUAAGUCCAUCGAUUUUUAA